AGAGAGAGAGUGUGUGUGUGUGUGUAUCUGAUUCUGGGGCUGGAGGAACCCAGCUCUUGGGAACCUAGGUUCUGCAGGAUAGCUCCAUUGGGAGGGGACUUGCAGCAGGGAGAAGUAGAGCUCCAUAUGAAAACACAUGUGACACAAGCAGCACAUUGAUAGAAUUACAGAACCCACCCCCAGAAGAGUAACCCUAAUAAAUGAGGGUACCCCAAAAUAACAGGCAAAUCUGGUAACAACAGGAGGUGCCUAUAUAAAGCCUAGGAGCUAUGAGCAGCAAGGGGUCUGUAAGGAAAUCGUCUACAGCAGCAGUGUAUUAUCGCCUAGGCCAACAAGCCUAGGCCUAGGGUGGCAAAUUUGCAGGGCUGGCAAAUUUGCUCACGCCCCCUCCCCAACUCCGCCCCUUCCCCAAAUCCCUGGCCCUCCUCCUUCCCCAGACGUCUCGUGCUUCCCUCCUUCCACCUCCUUCCCAGGCUUGCUGUAUGAAAGUGCUGGGAUGGAGGGAGAGAGGGAGAAGCGAGUAGCGGCCCUCGGAGGAGGCGGAGCAGAGGUGAGCUGAGGCCCGUGGGUGCAGGGAGUAAACCGGGGGGGCUGGGAACUGCUCCCCGCCCCAGCUCACCUCUGCUCUACCUCUGCUAUCCCCCGAGUGUGCCGCAACUCCCCUUCUCCCCCUCCCUCCUAGGCUUGCAGUGCAAAAGCGCUGGGAAAGAGGGAGAAGUGACUAGCAGCAUGCUCGGGGGAUAGCGGAGGUGACCUGGGGCUGGCAGACAUGGGGAGUAACUCUUCGGGGGGGGCAGGGAACCGCUCCCUGCCUCAGCUCACCAUCACUUAACCUCCGUCAUCCCCCAAGUGUGCCACAACUCUCCUUCUCCCCUUUCACUCCCAGGCUUGCCACAGGGGAGCGGAAGUGAUCUGGUGCGGGACGAGGGUGGGGAUGGCAAUUUUUUGAGGGCCUAGAGGAGGCAAAUUUGUUAAUCUGCCACUGGUCUACAGUCACUCCUUGGGAGAUGGGAGCUCAGGCUCACAAACCCAGAAAGGGGGAAGCCAGAUAAACAGGAAGAAGCCCAUGGAAACAGCAGCAAGGACUGUACAGACCUUGGCUGCUUGUUAGAGGGUCCCUGGGCUGGAGCCCAGUGUAGAGGGCAGGCCUGAGUUCCCCAACCGGCCACUGGGAAGUGGUGCAGGGCAUGGAGAUGCCAGCCAGAUAACUGGUCUGACUCCGAUUUCCCUGGAAGGGGAGGACCUUAGUGGUCUGGGUGGAGGCCCAAGCCACAAAGAGGAAGUUGCAGCUCUGUGAGUGAGAGGGACCUUGGGUGAGAUGGGUAGAGACCCUGCCAGAGGAGAGUGGAUCCUGGUAAGAGCUAAGCUCUGGAGUUGUGGAGGCACCACAUGUGGUCAUGUCAACCAUAAAGAAAACAGUCCUUUUCUCAACAGUUCGGAAGCUGGCAAGGGAAGUGAUUAUUAUGACAGAAACUUGGCCUUGUUUGAGGAGGAACUGGAUAUACGACCAAAGGUAUCUUCUCUGCUUGGUAAGUUGGUCAGCUACACAAAUCUCACUCAGGGAGCCAAAGAACAUGAGGAGGCGGAAAGUGCUGAAGGCUCAAAGAGGAAAGUAUCAAAAUCACCCAGCAUGGGCACCCUGAUGGGAGUGUACCUUCCAUGUAUGCAGAAUAUCUUUGGGGUUAUUCUCUUCCUUCGAUUGACAUGGAUGGUGGGAACAGCAGGAGUUCUACAGUCCUUCCUGAUAGUCUUAAUCUGCUGCUGUUGUACUAUGCUGACAGCCAUAUCAAUGAGUGCAAUAGCAACAAAUGGUGUUGUUCCAGCUGGGGGCUCCUAUUUCAUGAUCUCAAGGUCCUUAGGUCCAGAGUUUGGUGGAGCUGUGGGACUGUGCUUUUACUUGGGAACAACAUUUGCAGGAGCUAUGUACAUACUUGGUGCCAUUGAGAUUUUAUUGACAUACAUUGCACCACAAGCAGCAAUUUUUCAUUCCACUGGUGCUCAUGAUACAUCUAGUGCUACGUUGAACAACAUGCGAGUUUAUGGAACCAUAUUCCUCACCUUUAUGGCUGUGGUAGUUUUUGUAGGAGUGAAAUAUGUUAACAAAUUUGCUUCUCUCUUCUUGGCCUGUGUAAUAAUAUCCAUAUUGUCCAUUUAUGCUGGUGCUAUCAAGUCCAUCUUCGAUCCCCCUGCAUUUCCGAUUUGCAUGCUGGGUAACAGGACCCUGACAAGAGAUCAUUUUGAUGUUUGUGCCAAAACAACAAUUGUGGGCAAUAUGACUGUGGCCACCAAGCUCUGGGAACUCUUCUGCCAUACUUCUAACUUAACCACUGAUAACUGUGACAAAUAUUUUCUGCUCAACAACCUUACAGAGAUAGCAGGUAUUCCUGGAGCUGCAAGUGGCAUUUUAAAAGAUAAUCUGUGGAGCAAUUAUAUGGAGAAAGGAGAGAUACUGGAAAAAGCUGAUUAUCCAUCAGUUGAUGUACCGGGGCUGAAAAGCAACCUUCACCUUUAUGUGUUUGCGGAUAUAGCCACUUCCUUCACAGUACUAGUUGGCAUCUUCUUCCCUUCAGUGACUGGUAUCAUGGCUGGUUCAAACAGAUCAGGAGACCUCAAAGAUGCGCAAAAAUCUAUUCCUGUUGGAACAAUUCUGGCUAUUGUCACCACGUCACUCGUCUAUUUCAGCAGUGUGUUACUAUUUGGAGCAUGCAUAGAGGGCGUUGUUCUUAGAGAUAAGUAUGGUGAUGCAGUGAACAAGAACUUAGUGGUGGGGACACUUUCUUGGCCCUCACCUUGGGUCAUUGUGAUAGGUUCAUUCUUCUCUACCUGUGGAGCAGGCUUACAGAGCCUCACUGGAGCCCCCCGGCUACUGCAAGCUAUAGCCAAGGACAACAUUGUUCCUUUCCUAUGGGUUUUUGGCCAUGGGAAAGCAAAUGGUGAACCAACAUGGGCGCUUCUGCUAACAGCAUUAAUUGCUGAACUUGGAAUUCUUAUAGCUUCCCUUGACAUGGUGGCUCCAAUUCUCUCCAUGUUUUUCUUGAUGUGUUACCUCUUUGUCAAUCUGGCAUGUGCAGUACAAACACUUUUAAGAACUCCAAAUUGGCGGCCCCGAUUUAAAUACUAUCAUUGGGCUUUAUCAUUUUUAGGCAUGAGUAUUUGUCUUGCAUUGAUGUUCAUUUCAUCCUGGUAUUAUGCUCUGGUGGCUAUGCUCAUUGCUGGCAUGAUUUACAAGUACAUUGAAUAUCAAGGUGCAGAGAAGGAAUGGGGCGACGGUAUUCGGGGUCUGUCACUCAGUGCUGCCAGAUAUGCCUUGCUAAGACUGGAAGAAGGUCCUCCCCACACCAAGAACUGGAGGCCUCAAUUGCUGGUGCUUCUGAAAUUAGAUGAAGAUUUGCACGUGAAGUAUCCGAGGUUGUUAACAUUUGCUUCUCAGCUGAAAGCUGGCAAAGGUUUGACUAUUAUAGGGACAGUGAUCCAAGGAAAUUUUCUGGAGAGUUAUGGAGAGGCCCAAGCUGCUGAACAGACUAUUAAGAACAUGAUUGAAAUUGAGAAAGUGAAAGGAUUUUGUCAAGUAGUUGUAGCCACCAAGGUUCGAGAAGGAAUUGCCCACUUGAUACAGUCCUGUGGACUAGGUGGCAUGAAACACAACACUGUGGUUUUGGGAUGGCCGUAUGGCUGGAGACAAAGUGAAGAUGCGAGAGCCUGGAAAACAUUUAUAGAUACUGUGCGUUGUACAACUGCUGCCCAUCUGGCUCUGUUGGUGCCCAAAAAUGUGUCUUUCUAUCCUAGCAACCAUGAACGUUACAACGAAGGCAACAUUGAUGUGUGGUGGAUUGUGCAUGAUGGAGGCAUGUUGAUGUUGCUUCCUUUUCUACUGAAACAGCAUAAAGUCUGGAGAAAGUGCAAAAUGAGAAUUUUCACAGUAGCCCAGAUGGAUGACAACAGCAUUCAGAUGAAGAAGGACCUGGCUACUUUCCUUUAUCAACUACGAAUAGAGGCAGAGGUGGAAGUGGUAGAAAUGCAAAACAGUGAUAUUUCAGCUUAUACCUACGAGCGGACCCUAAUGAUGGAGCAGAGAUCUCAGAUGCUGAGGCAAAUGAGACUGACCAAAACCGAAAGGGAAAGAGAGGCCCAGCUGGUAAAGGACAGACACUCUAUAAUACGGCUGGAAAGCCUGUACUCGGAUGAAGAAGAUGAGGGGGAGACAGUACCUGAUAAAAUUCAGAUGACAUGGACAAAAGAGAAAUGUGACUCUGAAAAACGGAACCGGAACACUGCAGUGGAAAACUUCAGAGAACUGAUCAGUAUUAAACCGAACCAGUCAAAUGUCAGAAGAAUGCACACAGCAGUGAAGUUAAAUGAAGUAAUUGUAAAUAGAUCCCAUGAUGCCAGACUUGUUCUUCUCAACAUGCCUGGCCCUCCAAAGAACAUAGAUGGUGAUGAAAACUAUAUGGAAUUCCUGGAGGUUUUGACAGAGGGCUUGGAGAGAGUAUUACUUGUUAGAGGAGGUGGCCGUGAAGUCAUCACCAUUUACUCUUGAUUUAAUACAGUUUUCUUCACCAUCGCACAUUUACGUUCUUGAUGACAAAGGACAUUCCAGUUUUAAAUGGAGAAGAAAAUAGGUUCUCUCUCUUUCUCUCUCUCCUCCCCUCAAACAAACACAGACUUUCCAUCAUCCAUCCAGUCUCCUGAAUGACUUACUAGACUUUUCUCACCAACCUUUACAGUAUGCCAUAGAUCUUAGUACUGGUUCUAUUGGUUUUCUGUCAAGUGACAGUCCAGUUGCUACAUACAUAUCUUUUGUAUUGCAGUAGUAUACCAUCCAACUGGCAACACAAGUGAAUCAUGAAUCUACAUUUUUACUCGGCUUCUGCUUUGAUGCUCUGGCAUUUGUGAAUGUAGUUUUAACACUAACCCUAUUUUUAGAAAACAGUGCUAAUGAGCAGGGGUUUUAGAAACUGUGUAUAAAGUUAGGACUCAAAAGUCAGUUACUGUAACAAGAUUUUAAAAGCUUUUAUAUUCAUUUAUGGGGAUAGGAUGACAUUAUAUAGUUAGUUUCUGCUGAAGUUCACCUAUAAUACAUUUUCUAAACAAAACACUAAGUUGUAAGAAGUGUCUGCCAGCCUACUGUUUUGUGGGUUCAUGUCCAGAACUACAGUUCAAGUAUUGGAUAAGAAUUUAUACUUUAAUACAUUUAUAGAUUUAAAUAAAUUAUGUUGAUAUAGUUGAUUAUGUAUGUAGAUUGCUACAAACAGUGUGUAGCUUCUGAGACUUACAGUUCUGUGGAGGAGGCAGGUCCCUAUUUAUUUUUAUAUUUAUUUGUUAGAAACAUUGGAAACACAGAUGCAAACAGUCUAGGAGUUUCACAGAGAGGUUUCUUAAAUCAAAUUUCAAACCAUCAGCGGAUCGAAGAUAAGUCCUGUGCAGUUCUUCCCCAUUUAAAAUUCCUGCCGCCCAUCAUUGUAUGAUUCUGAGUAUAUUGAGAAUCUAGUACAUGGAAAUAGAGAUGCUGCAUUGCACACAGCAACGGGUUGCACUUGCACAAGUACAGAAGCUGCUUUUUUGUAGGCUUGUCUUUUACCAAGCCCAUUAAAUUAUACUUACUGUACAGAAGGAUCAUAUUUUUUCAAUAAAAUGUUACAUCCACUUAAUUAUUAAGCAAUGUGGAGUUCUGUAUGCUGUAAUGCAAUAGCUAGUGUGCACACACCAUUCUUUCUAUUGUAUGGAAUUGGAAUUGCUCAACUACAGCUGCAUAGACUGCUAACUGUUAAAGGAACGUAAGAAUUGACAUCCCAGCCAAAGUCUUGUCUGACAUUACCUGGUAUAUAAUACCCGAUAAUAGAUAAUUGUGUGCUAACAUAUUUAUGGGAGGAACAGGAGGGACUUUCUCUUCACCUUAACUGUUAGUGGUAGGCAUAUACUGAAGCAUUAAAGUUGAUACACUUGAUACAUUUUUUAAUUCUGUCUAGGAUAGCAGUUGAUAUAAUCAUAUAAAUGUUUUGAGUUCUAGUAGCCGUGAGUUCCACAGACUGAUGAUACAUUGUAUUAAAAACUUACUAGUUUCCAAA